AUGGUGAACGUCACCAAUGCCAAUGGCAUCACCGGCGCCAACUUCGACGUGUUCGGCACCAAUCGCGUUCUUCCUCGGGCAAUGACAGCUUUCACAGCCAUCGCGUGGUACAACUCGAUUGAGCUCAUCAUCCUCAUCUUCGUCGUAUUCAGACGCAUUGUGCCGUAUGCGACAGGUGCAUGGAUGAAACAAAACAGGGUUGCGCAUGACCCUCGCCUUUACAAUACGCUCCUUACGCUCGGAUGGAUAUUGAUGGUACCCGGACAAUCCAUGGUUCUGUACUCGCGCUUACACUUGAUAUCGCCGAACCUCCGGCUUCUGCGAUUCAUCUUUUGGGUCAUCAUUGUUUCAGCAGUAUGCCUUUGCGUGCCGACCGUAGUCCUGAAUCUACGAUUGUUCACCAACCACCCCGAGCGAUAUCUCCGCGGCUACAUGGUCAUGGAAAAGAUACAAAUGACUAUGUUCACCAUCCAGGAGAUCUCGAUAUCCUGCAUCUACCUCUGGGAGACUCGCAAGCUGAUGCGUGUAAUCUUCGACGGAAAGGCUAGGAAGUGGAUGUGGCAGCUCGUCGCAAUGAGCAUACUCCUGCUGAUACUGGAUAUUGCGCUACUUACGACGGAAUUUUUGAACCUCUACAUGAUACAGACGACUUUUAAAUCCCUUGUUUACAGCUUCAAGCUUAAAACUGAGUUCGCAGUACUCAGUCAAAUCGUUCGCGUCAUCCAAGAUCGUACGAACUCUAGCCGCUCAGACCUAACGCCCGCGUCGGAUUUGGAGCGCCAACUCAACAUCCGAGAACCAACGUCUAGUCAGGUGUCAGAAGUUGAGAGCUUGCAACACAAUGUGCCAGUUGAAUGGCGCUUGUCGAGAGAGGCCACAUCAUUGGUUUCACCAGUCGCGCUCACCAUGGCGAAGGGACAUGAAGUCAAAAGCGCUAGCUGCAGUGUCGUAUCUAUCGACGCGAUGUAUCCCGGGAUGUUGGGACGAUAG